AUGUCGCUUCCGCGAGUGUAUUUCGACAUGAUGAUCGGCAACCAAAGAGCUGGCCGAAUCGUCAUGGAGCUCCGAUCGGAUGUGGUUCCAAGAACAGCUGAAAACUUCCGCGUUCUCUGCACUGGAGAGAGGGGCUUUGGAUACAAGGGCUCUAGCUUUCACCGGGUUAUUCCUCAAUUUAUGUGCCAGGGCGGCGACUUUACGAACCAUAACGGCACAGGAGGCAAGUCGAUUUAUGGAAACAAGUUUGAGGAUGAGAAUUUCAACUUGAAGCAUACUGGUCCUGGAGUUUUGUCCAUGGCUAACUGCGGCAAGCAUACAAAUGGCUCACAGUUCUUCUUGUGCACCGUGAAGACCGACUGGCUUGAUGGCAAACACGUGGUGUUCGGCAGCGUUGUUGAUGGAAUGGAUGUCGUCAAGAACAUCGAGCGUGUCGGAAGCUCAAGUGGAACUACUAAGCAGAAAGUCAUCAUCUCCGACUGCGGUCAACUCAACUAG